GAACAGGGAACCACAGCAAUGCUGACAAAGAGUGCAAGAUCUAUUCCGAGAAGGCCGUUGACAAGCACAAAACAACGGCAGCAACAGAAACGACGACGGAUAGCAYCAGUGGAACGUGAAUGAUGCAGCGGCGAUCUUAUCUGUCCGCCAUAUUGGUUUGCGCACUAAUCGCCGUGCAAUUUAUGACCGGCGGCGUCAACAUUGCUCUGGUCGGAUUACCCGAAUCGUGGUCCGCAUCCUGGUCCGCAUCGUGGUGKUACCAGUCGUUGUUGAYCUCCUCGGUGGCGACGGAUUCGACGUCUUUGCCGUCUUYGGCCUUCCUCUCGUCCAUGAAUCUGACUCGAGAGGACCUCUACGAGCGAAAUUUUUUCUACCAGGCAUGGAUGGCCGACGCAAAUACAAAACGGAACGCAAGCGAAGAUGCAGUGGCACAAUUGAACCCAAUCGAUGGCAACGACCAGAAGAUGCGUAUGUCCCAUCCUCUUGCACCAAUGGAUGUACUGAUUCGAUACAUAUCCGAACACUCCCACCAGCGAUURGAGCAGGAGUGGAACGAAGCAUGCCAACACAACACGCAGCAACAGCAAGGCGCAACAGCGAGCGCUUGCAGGCUUGAYGAGACGACCGGAAGCCACAGAAAAUACCUGGUCGCCUCCUACUCGUGUCCCAUCGAAUCGGGGAAYCGGUUGCAUCGGUUUAUGCAUGGUCUCAUGUGGGCYGUGCUGACCAACCGGACCUUUCUCUGGAGGUACCAAACCAAGGAAAUMUGCGAGGAAUACGAUGAGCCCGCAUGUGCAAACGAAUACAACAYUAACCUGAUCACCGGCCCMUCCGAUUGCGAUGGAAUGCUGGAACGGAGCCCAUGGAUCCCUUCCUACGACGAAUGGAGGGACCGGCUCGGGAUGGCAAAAGACCACAGCGACCUGGUCCGGGCCCAAACCCACAAGGAUAAGGCAGACGCCACGACGCAGCCCUACGACGACCCGGAUGGUAGCGGUGCCAUUCGCGUUUUGCGAAGCGGGAAGCAGGUKCUUCUCAAUCCCGGUGACAUCCUGACGGUUCCCAUUUCGAAAACAAAAUUCCUGGUGCAGCCCGAAAGCCGGGAGCGGCUCCGGGAUCUGCGGACGGAGGGGAUCUACUUUUUAUACGGAAUGCUCUUCGAGUCGAUCUUUACCAUGGACCCCAGCUUGGAUCCGSCCCCCGAGCUCUUGCACACCCACCCGUCGUUUGCGGCCAAGGCCAACUCCACGGGUGGCAACGACCCGGCAGUAACAACAACAGACACGGAAACCAUCUUUAUUCAUUCGCGGCACAGCGGUCAGCAUGCAGACGAUUACGUCUGGCCAGACCACAUGUGCCUCGAGCGWCUAUAUCCAUCGAACGAGACCGAUUCGUCGUCCUGGUCUGCAGUCCAAGCAUACCUGCGCCAGCCACGCCCCGCACGCUGCCACAUCUACGUCAUGUCCGAUCGAUCCAUCACGUUGAAGCUACUGCACGAAGAGAUAGAGAACAUGACGGRCUGUACUAGCUCGUCUWYGGACCAAGCCCCUGGCAACAACAGCACGGCAACAAAGACGACCGGUGUGAGUUUUCGAUCGGAGCACGGUGUACGGGCCGGGAGGGGCUACUGGGAGGAUGUGGCGCUGGCAGUUCACGCACGAAACGGAAUGAUUGCAUUUAGCAUGUAYCAUCGUCACCAAGGCCUGGUCAGGACCAGCACGGCGCUCKUGCGAGAGAUCAUAGAAUUUCGGAGGCGGAUGGAGCACCAUCGCCACCACGAGAACGGCGGACCCGCCCGGGCACUGCCCGAGUUUUACGAGUGCACGAAUCCAUGGGUUGACGACAAGAACUUCAAUAUAAGGAAGAACAGGAAAGAAAGAGAAGGAGGGCAACGAUGAYGGCUUCCAGACGAUGCUACAAAUACAUUUUUGUAGAGAUAGAGAUAGUGUUAGGUUGCUGUUAUUCAAUACCACAGUUUUGAGAAAACUUAUACGAUCGUAGUAAUUAUGGAGAAUGAUUGUAUUACACCAUGAUGUUGUACGCUUUCCAUUCCUCACUUUAUCAUAAUAUUACAAGUAACACUAAGAGAAGAGUAAAAAAGACAAAGUAUU